UGCUGUAGAAUAGCAAACUAUGCUUUUGAAUACAAGAGCACUGCAAACUACAGCAUCAAAAAUGUCAGAGUUGGAUCAACUGCUCUUAAAGUCUCACUAAAAAUCAAAUUUAAUAAAUAUAUAUAUUGUAGUUUUGUGCAUGUCAGAAGGGAAACUGGUUGUUCUGCUCACCUCAUUUUAAUAAUAAUAGUCAUACACCUGGUUUGUAUAGCUCCUCUCAAACAAGAAAUGCAGCACAAAGUGCUUUAAAACAAAUCACAUGCACCAAGUGCUUUACAUGAAAAACGGGGAUAGAAAAUCAAUGGAAAAUAAAAACCACCUGAUAAUAGUUAGGAUAAAAAUAAGGAUGGAAACAGCAUAAAAAGAAUUUCUUACAUAAGAUGGAAUAUAACACCCACUGAAUAAUAGUAAUAAAAUCAAAAAUAGAGUACACAGAAUGCAUAAAAUCAAGUAAAAUACAAGAGAAAAGAAGUGUGAGGAAAAAAAGUUUUUAGCUUCCUUUUUAAAAAUAUUUAGCUGGCUUCCAUGAUACCUGUAGACAGUGUGUUCCAGAGCUUUGGGGUGUAACUGACAAAGGUGCCAUUGCUGAUUUACUUUUGGCUGUUGCCGGAAACCUCCAAAAAACCAGCAGCAGAUGGUCGCAGAGUUCUGGAAAGCAAAUAGUAAACAAGGCAGUUAGCAACAUAGCUUGGCCCCAGCCCAUUAAUGGCUUUAUAUACAGGGAGGAUCAAUUCUCCGUGUUACAGGAGGCCAGUGCAGAGCAGCUAAAACUGGACUAAUGUGCUCUGUCCUCUUUGUUCUGGUUAACAGCCGAGCUGCAGAGUUUUGAAUGAGCUGAACUGUCUCAGUGGGUUUUUUCAGGAGGCAGUAAACAGUGUGUCCCAGAAACCUAGCCAGCUUGAAAAAAAUCACAAAUCAGUUUUUCAGUUUAUAAAUGCUUGUAGUUUAGCUAUGUUUCUAAGGUAGAAAGAGAAGUCGUAGCCGUGUGACUCAAAUUAUCAUAAUAUUACAGAAACAUUUAAGUAGAAGUGGUUGUACACAUGCAGGAACAGAUUGCAAACAGACAGAAAUCUAAAUGUCAUUUUACACUCUAUCACGUGAUCUGGGUCUGUAAUGUACAUUUUCCAUCAAGAUAGAAAUACAAACAUUUUCGGGUGUGAUUCACUGGUAAAGUCCUGUCACCUGUCCAUGUGUAGUUCAGUUCAGCCUGUACAGGUGACAUGGGUGCAGACAAGCGUGCUGUUUGGCACCACCUUGUGGAAGCAGGUGUUUACAACAAGCAUCACAUGAUCUCAGAAUUUACCUCAAAUGUUAGUUCUGAAACGAUCAGUCGAUUCAUCAGUUAGCUAAUAAAAAAAAAAACAGUUUUGAAUUGUUUUGAUAAAUGAUCAGUAAUUACAGUAAUAUUCAAGCAAAAAUGCCAGUAUUGUGCUGGUUUCAGGUUCCUGAAUGUGAAUAUUUGCUGACUUUCCUUUUCCUGUGUGGAGUUUCACGAUUAUGACAUUUUCUGGACAAAAACAUUGAAUUAUUGGCAAAGCAAAUAAUCAAUAUAUUGUGUCAGCAAUACUUUCUCUCAAAUUCCAAUAAAUACAAACAAACACUAGCGUAGGAGGACAAAAAUUCACCGCUCUCUUCAAACAAGCAGUUAAUGAUUCCUGGUAGAUCAUGUUGACAGAGAGUGUGUGGGACUUCUUCAGUCAGGACAGACUGAACUCAGACAAAUUAGCAGCACUCUGUUUAUUAAUAUUCUGAAACGGAGGUUGUAGCAUGUUGGCUUACUUGCCAAUAAUAAGAAACUUUCCUAUAAUUGUUUUCGCUUUGUUGAAGUGGUUUAAAAGAAACCGCCUCCUCCUCCAGGAUGAGGAUGACUCAGCAGGCCUCUUGAAAAGUGCUUUUAAGUGACUUCCUGCUUUGAGCACAUUUUGGAACAUGAGGAGGUCACUGUGUGGCAGAAUGAGUCAUCUGACUGUCUAACCCUUAUCCUGAAUCGGAGUCUUUACGGGACAGUGGCACCCGAUAUUUAACCCACUUUUAAAGCUCAGGGAGAUUGCAGCAAUACGUGUUAAUAAUUAACCUGCACCCACACUUUUUUUCAGUAACAUGUUGGAUAUUAAAACAAAGUCAGAGCGGUUUGAGGAUUGACAGACAUUUUGAUCUGCUUCAUUGUCAGGUGUUAGCUAUCAGGCUGCAGUUAUGCUGAAUGAAACGCUGUCACAUUUUCUCUCCUUAUCUGUUUUUUUGUAUCAGGCCAUUUUUCCUUGUUCAUUUCCUGAGCUGUUGCCUGCCAACACUGUGGACCAGCAGCAGUAUCUGGGGAAAUGGUACUUUAAAGCAGCAGUCAGUCGCAAAGAGGCUGACAUCCAGAAUUUCAAAGCACUGGACAACAUUUGGUUCACCAUGGAGAAGACAGCCAAUGGCACCCUGCUACUGACCGGACAUUUAAACAUAGGAGGUAAAUGCGUGGAACAGAACUGGACCUAUCAUAUACAUCCUGAGAGGAAUGACUUGGAGCUGGAAGGAAAGACAGAACGGAGGAACCUGCUGUGGAGCGGUAAGUGGGCCAACUGCCCCGAGUGCAUCAUUUUCCAAGAAGUAGAGCCACCGCUAAGCCCGACAGACUCAGAGGACUCCCUCAACAGAUUCAUGCUGUAUUCUCGCCAGAGUGAUGUCGACGCUGAGGUGGUGCCAGCAUUUCUGAAAAACGCGGCUUGUCACAACAUGCUGGCGAGCGUCACGCUACCUCAAAAGAAAGAGUUUUGCACCUGAGUAUUAACAGCGAGGAUGUUGCUGGAGUCAUGGACGUCCUGGAACAGAGUUAUAUCAUGUUUUCAUGCAACAGUGAAACAAAUAAAGCAGUUUUUCCUUCAGGAAUUGUGUUAUUUU